AUUGAUUGUAACACGUUUUUAAUUUAUAAUGUUGUAGGAAUCUGAUGGGAGACUCUUUGAGUGCCUUAAAUGUCAAGGAACUAAAACAGGUUGAGAAUCGUCUUGAGAAAGCCAUAUCUAGGAUCAGGUCCAAGAAGCAUGAGUUGCUUCUAGCUGAAAUUGAGAGCCUGCAGAAAACGGAGAUUGAGCUUGAUAAUGAGAGUAUCUAUCUCCGAACCAAGAUAGCAGAAGUGGAGAGGUUUCAACAACACCAUCAUCAAAUGGUUAGUGGUACGGAGAUGACUGCGAUCGAGGCCUUAACAUCUCGCAAUUACUUUGCUCAUAGCAUUAUGACUACUGGUUCUGGAUCUGGAGCUGGCCAUGGAUUUUCUUACUCUGAUCCCGACAAGAAAACUCAUCUUGGAUAAUAUUUUGGCAAAAAAAAACGAGCUGCAAUAAUGGAUUAUAAAGCUUCGCGUUCUGAAAAUCCCCUGCUCAUCAGAUAUAUUUCUACAUAAAAUAUGUUUGGUAAUAUUAUUAUAUCUCCAAAAGUACAAUGAAGGUUUGUCCAUUGACUCGUUUUACUGUUUCAUAUCAAACAUAGUAUGGUAUCUGAUCGAUGAUUCAUCUGAAAUUGUCGAACGUAGCUAUACAUGUGAGUAAGGAACAUAAU